AUGUCUCGAAAUUACACCCGCAAUGCCCGUGGCCGCCCCCCAACAAUGGGCUCCACUCCCAAACUAAUCAAGACCAAGGAAAACCCCAGCGCGGCUUAUCAGCGACAGCUAAAUAGCAAGAAGUCUAAGCCAGCCCCGCGAGCCACUGUCUCCAGCCGUGCAAAGAACAAGAGAAAGAGGGCAGACAGUACCUCGGAGGAAGAACUAUCCUCAAUCGACGGAUCCGAUACAGCAGAUGAUGCCUCCGAUGAAGACAGUGAAGAAGACGCAGAUGAUGAAGAUGACCUGCCAGCUGUCCCGGCCCCGUCUCGUUCACAUCGUUUGAAUGAGGCGGGGCGACCAUCCCAUACUCUUUCAAUGGACAAUGUGUCUAUUGCUGGCAGCUUGGACAGCAUGUUUGGUGAAUACGAUAACUACUUCGAUGAGGACGAUGACCCAAGACUUUCACCCGAGGAAAAUCGAAAACGUUUUGAGAAUAAAGUCUUUGCUGAUUCCGACGAUGACAACGACGAACUAUAUCAGGCCGUUGACGAUAUCAGCGACUCCGAUGGUGACUAUGACAAUGACCGGCUUGAAGAGCAAGAACUCUUGGCCAUGAUUUCAGAGGAGGACAACAGUGAGGCGGAUGAUCUUCUCAAUCAAAUUGACGGUCUCUCUGCAUAUGGUUUCGGUGAUGACAGCGAUGCGAGUAUCCAUCGUCUUGUUUCAUCCCAAGGUAGUGACAACGAAACCAUCACCGAGCGCAGAGUCCAUUUCGCUGUGGAAGGAGAUCCUUCAAUUUUCAUGCGCUUAUCUGAAUCCCCUACCAUGACUCGCGCUCUGUUACCAUCAGCACUUCCGGACAAUGGCAUCUCACCACACAUGGACAAAAGCAUGCUUGGUGAUGAGUUGGAGGACUCCGACCUGACAGAUGAUUGUCUUCCUGAGCAAGCACAUCACAGUCCGUCCAAUCGUGCCGAGUCAGACAAAGAAAUGUCUCCAUCCGUCUCACCGCCAUCCAAGAAGUCAACCAAGAAGACUCCUCGUCGUAGAGGGCCCCCUCGUGGGAUCUUUAUCGAUGACGGUGAAAAGCCUUCGGGCAUUCUUGAUUCUUCUGGCAAGAUCAUUCUCAUGACAAAUCCACACUUGUUGGGAGAUGAAUUUGCCCGACGCUAUGGAGCAUCUCAGACGUCGAGUCCAGACGUUGGCUUUGCCGAGCUCAUUGAAGACAGCGACGCAGGCGAUCAAACAAAUGAUAUGCUUCCACGUCCUACUGCAGAUAUCAUGUUGGCAAGCUUGAAUUCUGCCAUCAAUGAUCCGUCCAAUCUUGGACAACCCAUUGGGCCAUUGGAAGCUUUCUACCCAUCUAGUACCAUUCUCCUUGGAGAUUAUGUCCUAGAUCCUGAUGAUCUUGAAGAGAAUUUCCGUCCGGAUGAUGACCUUGGUGAAGAUGUCAUCAAUCUGGAUGAUGUAAUUCAGUUUGACGAGGAGACAGACGAUGAGAGCAUGCCGACUUCUCCCAUCUUCAUGCCACCUAAUCACGCACUAUCUUCUUACACGAACAUGAAUAGUGGUCUUGCACAUCUCAACAACAACAAUGUAACAGCGUUCCGACGCAAUGCUGAUCCAGCUUAUGCUGCAUUCAGCAAUACACCAUCUUUCCAUGACAUGGAGCUUUUCAGCUCACCGUUUUCGACACCGGCUCCUCGUCGGAAGCGUAAACAUCUUUCGUCUCCCUAUACCUCGUCUCAUUACAAAGGAGUGACACCAGUUCAGCGGGUUCGGGAUCCAAAUCAACAACAAACCCCUGAAGCUGCCACUCCUGUGAAGAGACGCAGACUCAUGACUUGA